AUGCCCCCAAAGCGCAAGCGACCCGAUCGCUCCUCAAGCGAUGUCGGCCGACCGUCCCCCCAUCGACCUGCUGAGACUUCCCUUGGUCAGCGUGAUCGUGACGGCUUUGACAACGCCGGCAGAGGAGGACGGGGCGGUAGGAACACGAGACGGCUAGACCGACGGGAUUCCUCCCAAACCUACCCCGCUCAAUCAUCGUCGAAUAAUUCUCAACCCGCUUCGUCACCUAUGGCGGCUCGUCACCCAGCAGCCGCUUCUUCGCAAAAACUUGCCCCCACCACCGCGCCACCACCGCCUUCAUCAGUCGCCCCUGCCCCUGCUCCUGCUUCUACUUCGGCUCCCGCUUCAGCACCUGCUCCUCCUCCCCCAGAACCUCCUUUGCCCAUCCCUUCCCUUUAUUCCUAUGAGAACCUGACAGACGAUAAGAUCGCUUCUUGGGAAGCUGGCUCGAGACAGGCAUUAGUCGAGCACGGCAUUCAGUCGAGGCAAGAUGUCGAUGUCACCGAGCUCUCCAGUCUUUUCCAAGAAUUCAUCCAGUCCGUCGUCGACAACCGGCUCAACCCCGCCGACGCCGGUGCCUGUGUCAAAGAGAUCCUCGGUCCGGAAUUGAAGGAGGUUAUUAAGGAUUCCUACUCGUUUGAGCCGCACACCCUCUUCCUCGACACGUUUUCCAUCACCGUCGACAAUCAUGCCGACAUCUACCAACACAAAUUCCGCGAUUUCCUCAUCGCCACUGCCAUUUCCCCCGCCCUCAUCCGUCAGGUGCUGGAGGCCCCGAUCCUUCAGAAACUUGGUCUCAUACGGGAGACCUUCGUGAAGCUAGGAAUCCGCCAUUCCACCAACGUCCUCUAUCGCCAGGCCAACUACAACCUGCUCAGGGAAGAAUCCGAAGGGUAUUCGAAGCUGCUUACCGAGCUAUUUACCACCUCUUACGAGAACACCUCCACCGACGUCCCUACCCAGGUCGCGCGGGAGGCCUUUGAGAGGAUCAAGGCUUUAAUCGGCACUUUCGACCUGGAUGUUGGUCGAGUUCUUGAUGUCACCCUCGACGUGUUUGCCACUUCCCUCGUCAAGGCCAGCAGGUUUUUCGUCAAAUUGCUGCGCGUGAGCUCGUGGUGGCCGCGGGCCAAGAUUCUCCCCAGGAACACGGAGCUCGGCCUCAGUGGCCUCCCCCUCUGGGCUGUCCCUGAUCACUCUGAGGCGGACGAGGAGAGAUUAACCGAGCUCAAACGGCAACGAGACAUCCGCUUCUGGGAGAGGGCUCGCCAGAAGCAGAUCCAGGCUUUCUUCGAGCUCGGCGGCCGGGAGGUCUCCGGGGAGGAUCUCCAACGCGCCAAGGCCUCGGCCACCAACCCCGGCGCGGAAGCUGACGCCCUUCGCCUCUGGAUCGAGACGACACAAACCCUCCCUCCCCAAGGCAAUCGAGUCGCCGCCCAGCUGUUGGGCUUCAAGCUACGCUUCUACGCCUCCGAUUUCAGAGACGGUGAAGUCCUGCCGGCUAAUCUCCUGUACCUCGCCGCAUUGCUCAUCAAAAUCGGCUUCAUCUCCAUCGUCGACCUUUAUCCCCACUUGUGGCCCUACGAUGACGACAUGGAAGACUUCAAGGCCCGGAAGCUGAAGGAGAUUGAGGAACAGGAACGCGAGGUGCGCGGCGAAGCUACCAAAAACGCCUUGCUCACCGCUGGUGCUUUGCCCGACGACAUGAUACCCCAGCAGCCUCUCUCUCGAUCCAGAGAAGCCGCCGCAAGGUCUGACGCCACGACGAAAACAGGACCGGACGAGACCGAGAAGGAAAAGCCGCCUCUGGAACAAAAAGGUGCCUUGGUUACGAACCUUCUCACCAUCGGCGCACUUCCCGAAGCCCUCUUCUUCAUCGGUCGCUGGCCUUGGCUGCUUGAAGCCUUCCCCGACAUCAUCGACCGCCUCAACCGCAUACUGGAGUACUCUGUCGACAAGGUGUACCGGGAAACUCGUCCUGUAGCCCCGGAUUCGAUGACGUGCCCCCCGAAGCAGGUGUCUGACCCCGAUCAAAGCGGCGUCCCCAGAGGAACCAUAAAGCGCAUGGAACUCCCGGUCAAGAAGCCUAUGCGAUGGCCUUGGCCCGACGGUCGCCAAGGUCCCGCCGACCAGCAGUACCGCUUCUACUGGGACGACUGGGCCGACGUCAUCCCCGUCUGUCAGACAGUAGAUGAUAUCUUCACGCUCUGCCGCACCUUGUUAAACGUAUCGGGCGUGAACAUUGGCCGGAGCGAGAGACUGAUGGUCAAGCUGCUCGAGAUCGGCGCGAAGAGCUUGGCCGACGACACCUCACAACACAACCUGGACCGCUGGCAGGAUCUACUGCAUCGGACCCUGGCGCCGGCCUUGAGCACGACAAAGAGCAACGCGUCCAUUUCGAACCUCUUAUGGUCGCUGCUCAGACUGUACCCCGUGACCACCCGAUACCGAAUCUACGCAGAGUGGUUCCAGGGUCCGACUGCACGACUCCCGGCCAUGAAAAAAGCCUUCGCCAACACGAAAGCGGAGACCCAGAGCACGAUGAAGCGCAUCUCCCAUACCAACUUGCGCGAGAUGGCCCGCACUCUCGCCAAGACGAGCCACUCGUCUCCCGGCAUCGUUUGCAAGGUCGCCCUCGAGCAAAUCUCCUCCUACGGCAACCUGACCGAUGCCGUUGUCGAGUGUGCCCAGUACUUCACCGACCUCUCCAAGGACGUAUUGAUCUGGUCACUGAUGGAUGCCCUGGGCACCAACCAGCGCAGUCGAACCCAGGCUUCGUACAUCCUCUCCAUCAGCAAGUGGCUCCAGGCCCUGUCCGACUUCACCGGCAAGGUCUUCAGGCGGUACGAUGAGCUGGACAUCACCCCGAUCCUUCGCUACGUCAACGAUCAGCUGUUCCAUGGCAACUCGACGGACCUGAUCAUUCUGGAAGAGCUCGUCGCCAACAUGGGCGGCAUUAUCCAGACACCGCACAUCGGCGAGGAUCAAGUCAUGGCCAUGUCGGGCAUGGCUUUGCUCCAACGACACACCCUCCUGAGCAUGAAGGACAAGCGCUUCGAAUCCGCUUCGAGUGCGAAGCGCCUCACGCGGGCCUUGGUCGACUCCCGCCUUGCCGGGCGCCUUCUCGUCAACCUUGCCCAGUUCAAGCAGUCGGCCAGCUUUAGGCUGCCGGACGACGGAGCUCACAUCAAGUUCCUCUCGUCCAUGAUCGACAACAGCCAUCAAAUCCUACUCCAGUACAUUGAUUUCCUUCGCGCCCACUUGGACGCGGAAGACUUUGAUCGACUGGUGCCUACCAUCAGUCAGCUGAUGCUGGAUUUCGGGCUCGAAGCCGGACUGGCCUUCAUGAUCGGCAGGGAUAGCUUAGCAACCCACCUUUUCUCCAAGACGGCGCUUCCCGCCGCCAAGGUGCCUGCUCAGCCUGCGGCCGACGCCGAAGGCGAUGUUAUCAUGGGCGAUGACCCGUCUUCGGGGUCUUCCAAUGCGACGCAGGCGGCGAACCUGUCGCCUUCUUUGGAGCCGGAGGGCACGACGCCAGACCAGCCCAACGGCGGCGGCGGCUCUGACGCCGUGCAAGCCGUCGUCGAGUCCAUUCGCGCAAGGACACCGACGUCCGUGUGGAAGCACAUCAGCCCGGAGUUCUUUGUCAUUUUCUGGGCUCUGCAGCUCGGCGAUCUCGUGGUGCCCUGGGCUAGUUACCGUUUGGCACAGAAUCGUCAGCAGGAGCUGUUCAAGCAGGUCUCCCGAGACAGAACCCUCAUGACAGCUGUGAGGGAUGCCAAGGCGAAGACUUAUCAAGACUCCGCCACCGGCCUGAUGAAGGAAGGCCAGCAACACUCGGAACGGGUGGCCAAGGCGAAAGUAUUCAUCACGAAGCGCAUGGACAGCUGGUUUACCGGCGACAUCAACAAGCUGAACGGCAUUUCCGACGCCAUCAUCGAGCAGUGCCUUUUCCCCCGGCUCGUGCUCUCCAAGAUCGACACGGAGUACUCGUACGCUUUGAUCAGACACCUCCACGAGCUCUCCUGCCCCAACUUCCGGCUCAUGGUUUUGUACGACCGCCUCUUCAAGGCGAACCGGCUUCGCACCAUGCUUUUCACCUGCACCGUCCAAGAGGCCGAAAACCUCGGCCGCUUUUUCCACAACGCCCUGCGCGACCUCGCCAAGUGGCACAAGGACAGUGUGGCUUACGAGAAGGAAGCCAUUGGAAAGAACGAGAGGAGACCUCAUGGUCGUUUCGGAUUCGCCGAUACGUUUGGUCAUGACGGUCAGCCUACAUCGCAUCUCGAUCAUGCUCGGUUCCAGGAUCUACUCUAUGGGUGGCACAAAAACCUGAACCUGGCUCUCAAGUCAUGCCUCUCCGGCACGGAAUGGAUGCAUAUCCGCAACGCCAUCACCUUCCUCACCGAGGUCCACCAGUUCUUCCCGGCUAUCAAAUUCAUGGGCUCGCAAUUCCAGCAGCAGCUCGAAGAGAUUGGAAAGCGCGAGGAGAAUUCCAGGGGCGACUUGUCUACCACGGCCCGUGGCGUCCUCACGAAGUUGGCCAAGAUGGAGAAGACUUGGGUCAUCCCGGCCGCUUUCCGUACCAACCUUUCUGCAAAGAAUCUGGCUCAGGCCAUGGAAGACGAGCAGGCCGCCGCAUCCAAUCUCCGGCCCAGUGCGCCAGAAUUCCAGCCAAGAUCCACGACCGGCGAUAAGGAAGACGGCGAGGUCCGAGACACCAGUCGCGACAAAACCCAAGCAUCUAAUGCUGGCGCCCAGCGCCAGAACUUGCCUCCCGCCACAACGCAGAAGGAGACGACUCCUGCAUCUAAUGCCCAACGGGCAAGCGCAGCGACGGCCAACGCAGCCAACAACGAGCCGUCGAAUCAGAAGCAGGCUACUGGACCGGCUGCGGCGCAACAGGCUACGACAAACACUAGCACCAUCCCAAACAGGGGUCUGGCCAACUCGCACCCGAGUCCUAACCUCCCUUCACGGCCACCUGGGCCGAUUCCAGACCACAGGCUUUUGAACCACUUUAGGCCAGCGGCAUCUCACGAACGUAGGGACGUGAAGGAACACAGAGAAGCGCAAGGUCAUCGAGAUGUUCGCGAGCAGAAAGAAACCAAUCGCGAGUUCCGGGAGCCCAGGGACCUUAGAGAUAGAGACACCAGGGUACCCGAACCGGCACGUACAAACCCGCCACGCGACUUUCCAAACCCCGAGCGGCGAGUACAGGACACUUCGGGACCAGCUGGGGCCAGCGGCCGAUCAUUCGAGAACGAGCGAAACGCACGACAGGAAAAUCAACACGGCCGUCGGGGCGAACACGCUGCACCCGACCGAGAGGCGGUGCCGCCAAGUUGUCGAACGGCCGAUGCGGUUAGACCGGCUCGAGAAGGGAGCAGCGCAGUCGCAUCUGCUGCGGGCGGAGAUGAGCCGCCCAUGAACCCAGCCCGAGCGGCACUGAUUCAAGGCGAGGCGCCGACGCGCGCUGACCGCGUGGAUCGCCAUGACCGUGUCGGAAAGGACCGAGGUAGACCACACGAGCCGGACCGGCGAGGCAGGGGUCAGGGUCAGGGUCAGGGUCAGGGUCCAGGCCAACAGAUGCCUGAACCGGGCCAUGAUCGACCUGAGAUGAUGAAUGCCGAACGUGCUGCGUUGUUCCAAGACGGUCGACCGCAACCACCAUCUCGACCGCCACGAGACGAGGUUCGCGACCGGGGAGCGAUCAGGGCGUCUUCACCCCGCCCUGGCCCAGGCGGACGUCACCACCCAGAUGCUACAGGAGAUAUGGUUAGAGAUGAUAGCAACGGUCCUGGCCGGCCUCCGUACGCAGAUCGUCGAGGCCAUCCCCGCGAAUCCCGAGGCGAGGGUCCCCCGGGGCCGCAUGCGAGAAGUACGGACGGGGACAGGGAAGACCGUCCCGCCCCGGACAACAACACCAGGGAGGCUUUUCUGGGCCGAAGUUCGGACCACGACCACGGCAGGCCUCGACAGGACGACACGUAUGGCCGUCUGAACUAUCCCAUUCAGUCCGUGGUGAACGAUGUUCCUUCCGGUCCUCGAGGGCGAGGCUCGCGGCCGAUGCGUGGCAACGCCAACGCACUUAACACGCCGCCGCCUCGCAUGAACGACAGAUUCCAACCGCGCGCCGACAACCAUGCUGGGAUCGACCUAGAAGAACGGAACGCGCCUAGUGGACCGGCCGGGUCGGGUAGGGGGACUCGGUCUCAGUUCGCGACGGGGCCGGGAUCGGUGGGACCUUCCCACCCUCCUGGACCAACUCCCGAUCGCGGACGUCAGAACCGCGCCGACAUGCCGGCUUCUUCUCCUAGACAGCCAGGCCCAGAAACUCCGGUCGUUUCGGGGGUCCAUCCUGAUCGACUGGCCCAGAUCUCCGGUGCUCCUCCCCCACCGCCCGGUCCCGGCUCGUCGCAUGGUCCUGGGCACCAUACACGACAGUCCCAGCUGGGCGGUACUCCGGACCGACAGCCGGUUACCCCCUCGGACAGCGGGCGGACACUACCAAGACACGUACACGUGAACGACUCCCCGGCACCUGAUAUGGCGCCACCCACGGGUCCGGCUGCGUCAUCUAGCAGCGACCGUAGGAGGGGAGGCGGGAGGAGGCAGCUGGAGGGGAUCAACUCGAUGCUACAACAAGCGCAGGAUCCCAACCGGAGCAGCAUUGGACGCGGUCGGAGUAGUCGCGUGAACCUGGCCAACUCGGAUGCGCAGGUCUUGACGGGCGGCUCGCCCGUCACGACGCCGUCGAACGAACGUUCGGACCCUGUGCGUCAGCAAGAUAAGACAGCGGCGAAUGCGGAGGAGCGGGUCCGGGGCGAGCGCGAACGUGGGCGGGACCGCGACCGUGAUCGUGAUCGUGAUCGUGAGCGAGGAGAUAGAGAGCGGGAACGGGGUCGCGAGUCGCACCGCGAACGCGAACGCGACCGAGACCGUGGCCAUAGAGACGGCGAACGGCCAAGCCGGGGAUCGCGGAGGAGUAGCCGUGAUCGCAGCCUCAAGCACGAACAGGAACACAACAAGGACAGCCGCGAGUAUCGGGAUCGCCAGGGUACGGCGCCAGGUGGGCGGGAGGAAUCCAGACGGUCUGCGCUCGACACGGGUUCCACCGGGUCGCGAGAGGCACCCGAGCCCGCUCCCCAUGGCAGAGAGGCAGGAGGGGGAGGCCGCGAAUCACGCCAUCGGAGCUCGCGGGAAGGCGCCGCGGCGUCGGCGUCGGGGAGCAAGGGGGAAGAUUGGGGCGGGAGCAUGCGAGGACAUCCUCGGGGCGGACCACCACGCGACAGAGGGUUGCGGACGGGCGACGAACGACGCGGCGAUGCCGGGCGCGAAGGCGGACGAGAAGACCGAGGACGGAAGCGGAGGAGCGAGGACGCGGCGGGGUUCCCGACCGAGAAGAGACCGAGACGCUAGCCGCCGUUUUCGGCUCGAUUCGCGGGGUACGAGAAGCGACUAGGAGGAAGAAGAGGGGAAGGGUAUCAUCAUUACAACACCGUCGCGACGGGUGGAUGGGGGGAUGUAACAGGCUACGGCUACGGCUACGGCUAUGGGGAAUCGGAUUCGGCAGCACACGGAGUUUACACGGACGACCAUCGACUGUACGCACAUUGCAGACACCGAGC